GGCAGUUAGUGCGAGUGGUGCAAGUGAGCGCGACCUGCAGCGGCUGUGGCUUCUCUUACCCGGGAUCCCUGACUCUCCCUCCGGCUUAUUUGAUUAUUUCUGCUGUCAGCUAAGGGGACUUGGGUGCAAGAACUGGAUGCUCCUAUGUGGCUGCUGCUCUGUGUGUGUCACUAGUUGUUGCUCAGAGUGAGGGAACCAAGGAGAGCAACUGUCAUCAGACACCCCCCCAAAUAAGUGCAACUGCUCAGGAAGACAUGGGAUUUGGGAAAAAGGAUCUUCUCCUGGGGGUUUUCACCUGCCUGAUGUCCACUGUUUUCUGCAUGCCCCCAGAAUGUAACAUCAUGGAGGAGAUCGCUCGGAAACACGAAGAAUGCUUUCAAAUGUCUGAAGCCGAAAACCAUACAUUAGGCUGUAGAGUAAUGUGGGACAACAUAACGUGUUGGAGAUCGGCAAACAUAGGAGAAAUGGUGGUAAUGCCGUGCCCUGAUUACUUCGGCUUUUUCUUGAAUGUGCAAGGGAAUGUUUCCAGAAAUUGUACAGAUGAAGGCUGGACUGAUAUUUCUCCCGCUCCCUAUGCAAUAGCCUGUGGCUUUGAUACAAACAGCACCCCAAGUGGGCAGACUGAAUUCUUCUGGAUGAUAAAGACUGGAUAUACCAUCGGACACAGCGUAUCCCUUAUUUCUCUCACCGCGGCAAUGAUCAUCUUGUUUUUAUUCAGAAAGCUGCACUGCACUAGGAAUUACAUCCAUAUGCACCUCUUCAUGUCGUUCAUAAUGAGAGCCAUCGCCGUGUUUGUGAAGGACAUUGUCCUGUUCGAGAGCGGAGAAUCCGACCACUGCUUUGCCGGCUCAGCUGGCUGCAAGGCUGCCAUUGUCUUCUUCCAGUACUGCAUCAUGGCCAACUUCUUCUGGCUGCUGGUGGAAGGCCUGUACCUACACACACUACUGGUCAUCUCAUUCUUUUCAGAGAAGAAGUAUUUUUGGUGGUACAUUCUCAUUGGCUGGGGUGCCCCCACAGUAUUUAUCACCGCUUGGACUGUUACCCGGAUCCAUUUUGAUGAUUCUGGGUGUUGGGACUCAAUUGACUCCCCUUUCUGGUGGAUCAUCAGAGCUCCUAUUUUGAUUUCCAUUUCGGUCAAUUUUAUUUUUUUCAUCUGCAUCAUCAGGAUCUUAGUACAGAAGCUGCACUCCCCCGAUGUUGGAAGGAAUGAGAACAGCCAGUAUACGAGACUGGCCAAGUCCACCCUUCUGCUCAUCCCUUUGUUCGGAGUUCAUUACAUCAUGUUUGCUUUCUUUCCCGAUAACUUUAAAGUGGAGAUAAAGUUGAUUUUUGAACUAGUCCUCGGAUCAUUUCAGGGCUUUGUUGUGGCUAUCCUCUACUGUUUCCUUAAUGGAGAGGUUCAAGGGGAACUGAAACGGAAAUGGAGAAGGUGGCAUCUGGAAAGGUUUUUGGGAUCAGAUAUGAAAUUCCAUCACCCCUCUUUGGGUAGCAAUGGAACUAACUUCAGCACACAAAUUUCCAUGUUGACAAAAUGCAGUCCAAAAACCAGAAGGUGUUCCAGCUUUCAAGCAGAAUUUUCUUUAGUCUGAUGUCUCAUACCAUUAAAGAACUAUAGGACCAGACAUUUAUUUAGAGGAUCACUCUGCUCCAUUGGAAGUCUUUCUGGAAUUGCACUUUAGUAGGUUGCGGGACCGUUGGAAUGUCUAUAAGCUUGGAGUUGUCCGGGACUGGCAGAACCAUUAACAUUUUAUCACAAAAGACAGAAGACGUCAAUGGCUUGGCUUCAUACUGGAAGGUCUUUUAAUAGUUGUUCAGUCAAGAUGGUCUUCUGAGCUCAUUUGAAACAAAAAAAACUUUUUGCUGAGCCUGGAAAAUAAUAUAUUUAUUUAGAAUCCAAAAAAAACUUGCAAAAAUGUGUGGCUGAAGUACUAGAAGAAUUGGCUCAUGGCGCCAAUACCAUAUAAGCUAAAACGAGCUGAACUUACAGUAAUGACCACUGUUUGAGUAGGCAGAGACAUGUAUGCUUAAUACUUGGUGAUAUAAAUAGUAAAAAUGCAGCCAUCAAGUUAAAAUCUAUAGUAUGUGCCAACGUACAUCAAAGUGCCAACCUUUACAGGGGUUGAAAACUUUUUCCACAUUUUUUUUAUAGAGUUUCAUUUGGGAAAUUAAAUAUACAACCGUAUACAGAGAAAAAAACUAAGAAGUGUGUGCUAAGGGGCUUAUUAUCAUAUAAAUGUAAGUGUUUAUGUGUGUCUGAGAGUGGAAACAUUAUGUGGAAAUGUAAUGCUGUAUAUGAAAAGCUUAUUUCCUGGUAAUCAUUACUUCCUUCCUGCCCAAAACCGGGAAACCGCUAUAUAUUUUUUUAUAAAAAAAAUUUGUGUUUGAAAACUGACCAUUACAGAAGGGUAUAUUUAAAAAGUGCUUGGGCCAACCUGGCCUAUUUCAGAAAUAUCAAUUUUGAAGGGAAUGUAUCACUCCGUAGGUGGAAAAUCAUAAUAAUUAAUUGUUAUAUCUAUUCUUCAAGAAGGAGUUUGUUAGCAGCUCGUCCGAGAUUAGUACCUUGUGUUCAUUUCUUUCCUGUCUUUUGGGCUUCCAUUAAAAAAUGGAAAUAAUUAGGACAUAUUCCCCCAAAAAGACAACUUGGUUAGGUGGGAAGAAAAAUGUAGGUUUUUGUCCAAUCAAAACAAUAGUAUUUUUCCAGAUCUCAGAAAUGGCCCAAAUCAUAGCAGCCCCUCGAUCACCCAUAUAAAUUAUUAUAAAUUCUUAUCCAUAUCAUUAGUAACUAUAAUAUAAAAUAAUUUUAAAAUAUAUAUUUUUGCAUUUUAAUUUAAAUUGCCUUCAGACAGCCACGUGCCUCACUAAUAUUGACACUUAAGAACUGAAAAAUUGAUAAAUAAACUAUACAUAGUAAUAAAUGCAUAAAUAAAACAUUUAAAUAUUUAUUAUACAGCAAAUUAUUUUUGUUUUUUAGACUAGACAUUAGUAAAAGCUAUUACCUCAUUCUGACCCUACCUCUAAUGUUUUCUCAUAUAUUAGUUUUAAUUCUAGCUUUGUAUCUAUCAUUUUCUGCUUUCCGUGUGAUGAAAACAUAAGUAGAGUUUAUAGAUUAUAUACUUGAGGAAUUAUACCUUGAUUCUUGCUAAGAUUCAUGGGAACAAUUUGAUUUGUAAUAGGGAUGUAAUAAUUCAUAUAGCACUCUUCUCUCAAUACACUUUACAGGAAGCAAGGCAAUCAUUACACUGAGGAGCAGAUUUAUCAAAAUGUGAAUUUAGAGCAUAAUAAAUAAAAAUUGACAUUUUGAUAAAUCUGCCCCUAAGU